AUCUCCAAAGAUAUGUGAUUCUACCAUGAAAGAUAAACCAGACAAAGAUAAGAUAGAAAAACCUCCUAAGAAAGAUGAAACUGCAAUAACAGAGGAACCUCCAAAAACAGAGGAACCUCCAAAGAAAGAGGAACUUCCUAAGACAGACAAACCUUCUAAGAGUGAGGAGCAUCUAAAUACAGAGGUACCUUCAAAGAAAGAAGAACUUCCUAAGAGAGAGGAGCCAUCAAAGACAGAUGAAUCUUCAGAGGAAGGCCAACUUUCAAAGAAAGAUGAACUUUCAAAGACAGAAGAACCUUCUAAGACAGAAGAAUCUCUGAAAACAGAUGAACCUUCAAAGACAGGGGAAUCUCCAAUCACAGACAAGGCUCUGCAGUCAGAUGAAUCAUCGCAGAUGCAAGAAUCUUUGCAGACUUCUAUAAUAGAAGAUUCAACUAAAAACACAGAGAAGGGUGUGACAGGAGACAGCAUCCCUGAGCAAAGGAGAGAAGAAUCGGAAACAAAUGAAUUCCUAAAGACAGAGGAAUCUCCAAAGAUAUGUGAUUCUACCAUGAAAGAUAAACCAGACAAAGAUAAGACAGAAAAAGCUCCUAAGAAAGAUGAAACUCCAAUAACAGAGGAACCUCCAAAAACAGAGGAACCUCCAAAGAAAGAGGAACUUCCUAAGACAGACAAACCUUCUAAGAGUGAGGAGCAUCUAAAUACAGAGGAACCUCCAAAGAAAGAAGAACUUCCUAAGAGAGAGGAGCCAUCAAAGACAGAUGAAUCUUCAGAGGCAGGCCAACUUUCAAAGAAAGAUGAACUUUCAAAGACAGAAGAACCUUCUAAGACAGAAGAAUCUCUGAAAACAGAUGAACCUUCAAAGAUAGGGGAAUCUCCAAUCACAGACAAGACUCUGCAGUCAGAUGAAUCAUCACAGACGCAAGAAUCCUUGCAGACUUCUAUAAUAGAAGUGAAGCUCGUGUAUUCGAUGGGCCAUUGA